AUGGUUUCUGAGCGGUCGCUUAAGAUGAUUACGUUGAGUUACAUCGUACUUAAGAUAACGGUUUUAUCACUAAUUCACUUAUGGAUCUCUGUGAAAUGCUCACGGCGUUCAAAGAAAAAGGCUAUGUCGUCAACAUCGAGUUACAUCGAAGAAAACACCAAAGCUGAAGAGAAAAUGGAUAGGCCAAUGUGGGACAAGAAUUUCCCGAAGAUACUUCCCCCACCGGAGAACAAAGAAGUGGACGUGGAACUCGACAUGCUAGUGAUACCAGGCGGAUCGGUGUUGGAUGAACCGAAACCGAAAGCGAAAAAGGCUACUCCACGAAUGGAUGUACUCGAUCCAAACGAGCUAAUAUUCGAUGAUCGAACUCAAGGAAGUCACGAACCGUUGAAUAAAUCCAAAGAAAAGCUCGCCAUGGCC